AUGCACUUCAUUUAGCUAUUAAUAAGAUAAAUAUCGUUGUAUGAAAUAUUAAUAUCACAUGGGAUAUCAGUAGAUGCAGUUAAUAGUAGAUGCUUGAAACCAUUUGAAAUAACUUAAAAUUCUAAAUUUAUGGAAUUAUAUGAAGAAAAUAUUUAAGUAAAAUAAGAGAUCAAAAGUUUAACAGAAUUAGGAUAUUAAUAUGUAAUUUAGACUAAAGGAACAUUAAGUGUAGAAUAAGAUAUUGUUUAUUUAUAAUUAUAAAAUNAAUAUAAGUAAUUUAAAAUAUAGUAUGAAAUAGGAAAGACGUUUGGGAUAUCUUCUAAAAUGUUGUAAUAUAAUAUGCUAAAGUGACUGCUUAAUAAGAAUUGAAGAGGAAAGUUAAAAAAAGAAAAUAAAGGAAGGCAACAACAAUCACAUCUUAAAUUCCAUUGAUGCAAGCUUUAUAACAGGAUGAUGAGGAAUCAUCACCAGAAUCAGAACCAUCUAAAUAUGGAAUACCAUGUUUAAAUAUCUCAAAUAUCAAUAGAAGUUAUGCUUCAAAUUCCUUUAUCUCAAAAAAUACAAAUGUAAAAAGUACUUAAAAAACACCUCAUAGUUAAUAAGUUUUAAAAUAUUAACAAAAGAAUGGAUGUUAAAGAAUUUAAUAAAAGAUUUUAGAUGAAAAUGCUGACAUUCCAUUAUAUGAUGACUCUCGUAUAGAAAUGAAGGAACCAGAAGAAGAAAAGAUACCUGAAAUCAAAGUAUUUAAUUCUAGGAAUACAAAUAAUAGUAAAAUAAUUACAGAAACAAAUUAAGAUGAACUACUUUAAAUACAAUAAUAUAAUUCUAAUAAUAAUAAUUUACCUACUUUAGUAGAACCUAAUCUUAAGGUAUCUUUAUCAAAACGAGAAAACCAUAAAGGUCAUAGAGCUAAAACUACAUUAAUAUUUAAUAAUGAUGAUUUAGAAAAGGGAUCUAAAGAAAAAUUUAUUAUUUCCAAUAGUAAAGCUGAACUAACUACUCAUUAAAAAUAUGAAUGUAGACUUUAAUAUUGGUCUGCCAGAUAAGGUAAUUAAGAUUUCUUCAUAUAUUUUCUCAAAAGAAAAUGCAAUCCAUUUCUCAAUGUUUAUUAAGGAUUUAACUGUUUACAUAUUGCAGCUUAUAAAGGGAAACUGAAAAUAUUAAAAGUAAUUCUAGAAAAUGAUUAUGAAUAUUAUGAUAAUUCAGAACUGUUGAAUAAAAAUACUAAAAAACCUAUCAAUACUGUUUUAUUUAAUAAAGUAAUGAAUUUGAUUUAUUAGCCUAAAGAAAGAAUGUAUUAACAUUCUCACAGAUUAAAAUCCAUCUAAUGCACUUCAUUUAGCUAUUGAAUAAGAAAAAUAUCGUUGUAUGAAAAUAUUAAUAUCACAUGGGAUAUCAGUAGAUGCAGUUAAUAGUAGAUGCUUGAAACCAUUUGAAUUAACUUAUAAUUCUAAAUUUAUGGAAUUCUAUGAAGAAAAUAUUUAAGUAAAAUAAGAGAUCAAAAGUUUAACAGAAUUAGGAUAUUAAUAUGUAAUUUAGACUAAAGGAACAUUAAGUGUAGAAUAAGAUAUUGUUUAUUUAUAAUUAUAAAAUAUUAGAUAAACAUUUAUAGAUAGAGGUUGGAGUUUUGAAUUUUUGAUUUUUCAUUCUCCAAAUCUAGAUUAAUUAGAAUUAUACAAUGAAAAUUAGCAAAAUAAAAAAGUUAAACCUUUAUAUCAUUAUUAUGUCUUGAAAAUACCUCCAGAUUCUAUUUAUAGAUUAGCUGAUCUCUAUUAAAUAUCAUGUUAUAAUUUUUAAACAAAAGUAAAAAUUAAUAAUAUUAAUAUUUAGUAUAUUUGUUAAUUCAAUUAUUAGAAGAGUAGAUUUUUUGAAUUUCCUAAAGAUUUAUAAGUAUAAAUGUUGAUUUUGAAAACUUUGAAUGAUGAAUUUGAUGUUGAGAAAUUCGUUUUAGAAUAAUUAAUUAUAUCUCAUUUUCCUUUAGAAGAUAAAAAAAAAUGUUAAAAAAUUACUUAAUUUUGGGAUUAGCAAUAAAACAAUUGUAUUCGUGAUUCUUUAAGAUAUGAAACUCAAUAAAUAGCUUUAAGACCAUUGCAUGCGAUCUCAUUUUACUUUGGUCCAGUAGUUGCUUGGUAUAUAGCUUUGAAUGUUCAAAUCAUAGGUUGGUUAAUGAUCCCAUCACUUUUGGGAACAGCUUUAAGAAUUUAUAUAAUUAUAAUUCAAUAAGUAAAGUAAUAAAUAAAAAUAUAUAAGUUCAUCAAUUGUCCCAUUCUAUGCAUUGUUAUUGACUCUUUAUUUAUGGAGAAGUGGAAGAAUAGAGAAUCAGAAUUAAAAUUUUGUUGGGAUAUGCUUAAAUUUAAACAGACUCAACCAUAAAGAGUUAUGUAUACUGGAUAAUACAUUAUAAAUGAAGCUACUCAUACAAUUGAAAUAUAUUAUUUUACAACGUUUAAAAGAAGAUUAAUAACAGAAGGUCCAGUUAUUUUAAUAGGAAUUGCUAUAAUUGUAUUAAGUUUUUAUGCUUUUAAAUUUGGUUUUAAUUAUACUCAAAUGAUCCAUUUAUGUCAAUAGUUAUUAAUUCAUUAAAUGGAGUUUCUAUGUAUUUUUUUUGUGAUUUAUAAAAAAGACUAUGUAAAUCAUUAGUAAGUCGGGAAAAUCAUAUGUAUGAAUGAGGUGAAAUUUAUAUUUAUAUUUUGA